AUGGCGGCUCCACCCAUACGAAAAAGACAGUUCGAAACAAGCAUCGACCUUUCAUUACCGAAAUACCAAUUGAGCGUGAUAUUCUCCAUACUGACGACUAACGCUUUUCUCGAGAAGCUCGUCUAUGGCGCCGAACAUGACGGCUUCGGCUUCCUUUCUGGCCUCGGCCAUGCACGGAUUUGGAGGGACUCGAAGUACGGCUUCCGGAAGGUAAGUGGAUUCGCCGAGGCCCGAACGCUCGAGAAUCUUGCGUUGAAAAUCGAGCUUGGAUCUUUCCAUGAAGAUUUGACGAGUGCAUUUUCGGUCGGGAUUGGGUUUGUAGCAGGAGAAAUUGACGAGAUAAAUGGGAUUUGGGCGAGUGAGGAAGUAGAGAGUGGAGAGGAAGACUAA